AUGCUUUCGCUUAUCUCUAUAAACCCUUCAUCUGUAUCACUUCUUGAAACCACCAACCAGGAUCAAAAAUUCGACUAUCACGAACAUUUAUCACCGUCCUCACCAUCUCAUCCAUUAGCGACCCUAUUCAAUGAUUUCGGUUUUGUCAAUGCCGCCACCUUCUUCACCGCCAUCAGCCACCACCGGAACCCUAGAAUCAAUCUCAUAAAUCAGCCACUGUCGGAACUCUGGGUGACACUUGAUUUUAUGGGAUUUCCGAAGUAUUAA